GAAAGCAACAUGUCUGUCACGUCCGUGCAAAGCACUACCGAAAAUCUCUCACGUCAUGGGAGCAACAUCUCGUUAUCCUGCCAUAGUCUCAGCGGUAGCGUCGACGAAUCUCUGGGCUCGCAUCCCCAGUACCAGGACACCAUCCUCACGAUCGAGGAACUCCGGGCUCAGCUCAACUCCUGCUUUACUUGCGGUGUGUCGUGGAGCGAGGAGCACGUGUCCUUGGAUUGCAGCGAGUGUGGCGGCUAUUCGCUGACCCGACCCUGUCCCCUGUGCGAUGGGCGCUGUCAUACCGUCUGGAAGCGCGACCUCACCAUGUCGCACGCGAGCGGCAAGGCCAGAUGGAAUGGCGAGUGCGGCUUGAGCUGCGGGCCGACGCUCGACGAGUCGCUCGUGCCGGCCCUGGAGAAGCUUAGAGCCACCUCGUGAGCCAGUCCCGAGGCCGAUCAGCCCGGACUGCCAGCCGCGACAGCGAGGACAGCAACAGCAGCAUCGGCAAGAGCUAAGAACGGCAACGACAAUGGCAACCGCAAAACCGUGCACAAGACUUAAUACCAUCGCCAAGCCAUUGGUAUACGCCUACCCAUGCACGCGCACCUCUACAUCAACGUGUCUGUGCAAUGUUUAUGUAUGCGAAGUGUGCCUAUGAGUGUGUUGGCGCAUCGCAGUCGCCGUAUAUGCUUGAGCUCGGGCGAGCGAGGG